CGUGCUGCGGCAGCGGAGUAGAUGGUGGGCGGGCGACCUCUCGGCCAGGUACACACGGGCUGCUGGCGCCUGCCACCGGCCACCAUCUCGCGACCACCGAGCGGUGAAUCCGCCAACCGUUCCCACCACCCCUCCAACCCCCUCAGCGCUCGUUCGAACGCUCAACCCCUCCAGUUCUAAAAAUACAUAAUCGAUGUGAAUUCGUGCCAGGAGACGAGACUGAGGUGUGAAGGUGUGUUUUAUCGAUACCCCGAGCGGCCAGGUGCAGCAGCUUACAGUAUGCUGGAGUGAAGACUCUCAGGCCGCAGAGGCAGGCGUCGAGAGCAGCGCGCGGCGGACGGCCGCGGUCGGCAGCGGGCGCAUGGCGGCGAGCGGCGAGCGCCGGCAGCGCCGCGGCCCCGCGCCCAUCGCCUCCUUCGACCACGACGUUUCUGAUGAGUCGAGUCCAGAAACAAAACAAACGUUUCGUCUGCCAGAAAUUCGAGAGGAUCCGGCGUGUUCGAGCAGCAACGUCGCCGAGGAGGCGAGCAGCUCGGGCAACGCGCUAGCGCCGCCUGAGCAGCGCGCGCGCUCGCACUCGUCGCCCGCCGUGCACGCAACCGCGGCGCUGAACGCUCCGGCCGCGCCGCGCAUCGACAUCUCUCGCGCGUCCAGCUCCAGUCAUCACGAUUCGAGAGACAGCUCGCCGGAGCUGGCUCUGUUCGCAGGAACCGGCUCGGGUGAAGAAGCCCGCGCUAAAUUAGAGUUGGGCUUCCGCGAGGACGGAGCUCUGGACCUACGUUCGUCGACCGAGGAACUCGCCUUCUUGGAAGGCGCCCCUGGGAAUGGAAAUGGCGAUAUUCGGGCUCCCACGACCGCACCUCCAUCACGGAGACAUUCACGAAAAGACAGUCAGGGUUCUGAAACGGCGUUACUGGCAGUCUCCGGUCGCACUAGCCGGCUGUCGAGCGUCGGCUCUCAAUGUUCCGCACACUCAGCUUUGUCAGGAUUCAGUCAUGCGAGUCGCGUGUCUCGACUGUCUGUUGUGUCUGGUGUAUCACGUUCUCCUUCACCGCAUAAAAUGUUACUCGAGACAUCGUUUUGUGGCCCAAAACCUAUCGAAACAGACCCUGAAAUUUGUGCAGCUGCCGUAGAAGAAAGACUGCUAGAAAUUGCAAAAUUAUCUACGGAAGCAGCCGCUUUACCUGCACCACCUGUAGAUGCACGCGAUCGUCGUGAGGUACGGACGGAAGUAACUGUAGAGAGUUCGAGCGCAAGGUCAACUAGUAGCACGGCGCGCAUCGUUUCCCCAGUUCCACCUCCCACCACUCCCACACCCACACCUACGCCGUCGGCGGCAUUAACAUCGACAGUGUCUUCAGGCGCAAUACCAAAACAAACACCACAAACUCAACCCCCAAUCGUUCCAGCCGAUGAGGAGAAACGAUUAAAGGAAACGAGAAAUCGAGCGCGGGUUGAAGAACGCAAAGCCCGAUCGAAAGAUCGCCGUGAACCGUCACAGCCCGAAGUUUACAAAUCUUCUAAUCGAUCGAAGGAUAUUAUUCGCAUUAAGCUCAAACCAGAUGACGAAUACGAUGACGAUGAUGAUGAAAGUGAAAGAACUUUAAUAAGCGGUGAACCGGCUCGAAAACCGGUCACUUUAGAGUUAAAUGAUAAUUGCGUUCAAACAUUACGUGCAAAUGAAAUAUCAGUGAGUCCACUAACGACGCGACGGUCAACACGCGACAGCCGUACACCGUCACCGAGUGGCGUACCUGUUUCUCGUAAAUCAUCAUUUUGUUCCUUGUUUAAAUCGCGCGAAACUAUAGCCUCUCCAGAUUCCCCAUCGGAUGCAUUAAAGAGAAAAAAGAGUCUAAACGAGGGCCGAUCUCGAAGUAAAAGCCGAGAUCGAUCUGUGACUCCAACUUCUGCUGGGAAAAUAAAAGGUUCCGUUUUGUCAUUAUUUAAAACACCUCGAAAAAGUGCAACAUCUCCUUCACCGAGUUCAAGAGACGGUUCACCGAUAGUACAAACGCAACGUCAGUUUCCUCAAACACCAGUGGACCGGCAUCGCACUGAACGGCUCAAAUAUUACGAAGAGUCUAAAGAUGGUAUAAUUCAUAUUCCUUUACGCACACCGCCUGAUGAAUUAGAUACGGCCAGUGACAAAGUAGAGACUCUAUCGCGGGACGUGCCCCGUCCCUCUUCUGCCCCCCAAGUGAGAUCUAUGCCCGAGCGGCCCGUUUCAGCCGCCUCGGCACCUUUACCAAAACUGACACAAAGAACAGUUUUACCCGAUGGAAGUAUUAUUAUUCCAUUACAUUCUCCCACUGAAAAAACUCCUAAUAUCUCUACUACUCCAGAAAUAGAAACUUUACCACCAACUACCGUAACACAGACACCGAUCGUGACGCCGAAAGAAGACAAGCGCUCACUCGAAGUUAAUAACACUCCAGAAAAUAUAACGGAACCUACAAAUAACUACGCACCUGAAGAGUCUUCAGCGCCGGAUACCAGUCGAGCGAAGCGCAAGGAGCGAAUUAUAUUCACUACACACGUCGGGAGCAGGGAACAAGUUUUUAGUACACAAUUUAGUAUAACGAAAACGCCGAGCGUAACAAGCGAAAUGUCAGAAUCGACCCCGAGCUUUCCUGACAGCGAGGAGAUGCGACCGAUCGUUAGAGAAACAGAAAACACUAUGGCGACCGUCGAAAUUGGUAUUAACGGGAUCAAGGAAACGUCACCAAAGGCGAUCGAACAGAAAAUAGAAAAAGUUUCCAGCAUCGAAAGCGCCAUAGAAGCGGAGGGUUCGGCGCCAGGCACGCCCCAAGACACCGGGAGGGACUCAUCGGAGUCGGAUGCCGGGUCUGAAGCGCUGACGCGCGGCGGGAGCGACGUAGAGCGGCGCGGCCUCGUCAUACAGGAGUCGUUCGAGGAGCUGCCGUACGUGCCGACCACGUUGCCGCAGGAGCGCUCGCUGGGCGUGCCCAUAGUGCCGGUGCGCGAGCGCGGCGGCGUGCGCGUGGCGGGCGUGCAGCGGCCGCGCGCGACCCACAACGCGGUGAGCACGCUUGGGCGGGUGGCCGCGCCCAGCUCGGCAAUGCGCGACGCGCCGGCCGAGCGCCUGCGUAUCCAGCUGCCGCGCCGCCCGCGCGCCGCCUCCGCCUCCGCCGCGCCGCCGCCCCCAGAGCGCGCGCGCACUCGCAGCGGCAGUGAAGUGAGCGAAACGCGCAAAACCGAAUGGAUAGACUUCUCGGAAGUGCCGGAGCGGCGCAAGCAGCCGAAGCGCAUCCAGACGCUGCCGGCGCGCGCGCGCUCGCCCGCGCUCAGCUACGCGCCGCCCGAGCACUGCCGCUGCGAGUGCCACGCGCACCCGCCCGCCGCGCCCCCCGACGACGAGCUGCCUCUGCUCGACGACGCGCAGCAGAUGACCAUCAGCUCGUCGUCGCUGGAGUGCGGCGAGGGCGUGCAGGUGAACGUGCACAUCGCGCCCUUUACUGCCGACCUCGACUUACACAAUCAUGAUAAUAUGGGCCGGCCACAAUGACCACAGGCCAGCGCAGACGCCUUCCACGAACGAGCAAAUGCGUUUUUACUUCUACUAAAAGUUUAAACUUUUAUAAAUAUUCUCUAUUGACUCAAACUGAGAUGUUAUCAUUUUUAAGAUGUAAAUUUACCCGUUAGAUAUAUAAUAAUUAUUAUAUUUAUAGCGUCUUUGUAACUCCUAUUAGCUACCGUUGACCUUGCAUUUUCGAUGUUUAUUAAUGUUAGUUAUUAUUUCGAUUGUGCGAUAGCAUAUAUUUAGCCACCGUUCCGGUAUAGAAAUGGCGGAGUCGGCGUGGCGUGAUUUCUUCGAGAUUUUAUUGAAUCUCGUCAUUUGUCUCUCAUUUUUUGUAUAAAACUUUCAACUUCGCGUAUUUUAUUCGUUAUUUGUAGAUGUUAUAAAUAUCAUACAAUUAUAUCAAAUAUAUUAGCUCAAUCAUUUCUAUCCGGUCGGGUUUAUGCGGAGUGCUAGUGGCGCCCUCUUUGCGUAUCGUGAUACCGUCUCAUCUGUGCGAAAUGAGAAGUCGCAGUAAGUAAUAUUUCCAAUUUUAGUUGCGCAGUUGUUUUGUCGAUUCGGACAUAUUUCACCGUAGUUCAAUCUUGCUCAAUCUUAUUAAUCAUUGCCAUUGAAGAUUUACUAGCUGUUUGUAAAUGCCAAAUUUUAUUUUAAUGUUAUUGUCAGACGUAAAGUUCUAUUAUCGACUAUAUAAUUACUUAAAUCGAAUUAAUUACAAAAAGGUUGGAUAGACCUCAAAGAAAUCUUUCGUCUUGCUUUUGUAAUAAUUUAGUAAAAAGUUAACGAACACCAGUUAUUUAAGCUUCUUUCCUAUGUUUUAUUAAAAGGAAGUUUAAUCACACGUUAAUGCUUAAUCGAAAAUUUAAAAAGUGAACGAAGCCAUGUUGAAGUAAUAUAAUUAGAAAUUGUUGUCACCCCCAUGUGAUGUCUCGUAUGAAAUUGUUUAAAUUUUCAAGAUCUUUUGCUUUACUUUGCAGAAAUUCACAGCUUUUUGCGGACCUUGUAAGCUUAUUAAAACCUUGUAAGACAGUCGUAUAAAUAGUUUGGCCUUAUCUUGUCCUAUUGGAGCGUGAAUCGGAUAUCAAUUAGAUGUAAAAACAAAUUAAAUUAAAGUAGAUCUUAGAAUCGUAUAUAUGAUAAACAGCAUUACGAAAUCAAGUUUCUGGUCACCAAUGGCGACCUUAGCAAUGUGCCAUUUAAUGCGAGUUUUUAAUGUGCUAAGUUUCAAUUCACUCGCUUUAAGUUUUUGCCAUUUGGCGACUUUAUACAAGUAUACAAUGUUUUUAAACUGCCAAGUGCUAAAGUUUAAUUUAAAACCCUGCACCGUGUGGUUCAUUAUGGAUAAUCCGAGUGGUUAUAUAUAAUAUGUAAUUUAAAACAAAAAACAUUUGAGUCAUUUAAUUAUAAAAUUUGCAAGCAACACUGCUUUACUUCACUAUGUGAUGAUUCUUUCCAAUCGCCAAUCCUUUCCUUCUCCAUUUCCCCCUUAAAAACGGGCAGCGCAUUCGCAGAUUUUAUCUCUGCGAAUGUUCAUGGGCGGUGGUGAUCGCUUACCAUCAGGCGAACCACCGCCAGGUCGGUUGCCCGCUGACAAAAAAAAUUCUUUUCCCAAGACGGUACAGUGCAGGUUCGAGUCGAUGCAGCCGGGCUCCUAUUUCUCUAUAAUUUCAAAAGACACCAAACCUAACGUAACCAAUUUCACUAUUAUAUUAUAAUUUACCGAAAAAUAAUACAAGCCGUAUGCUACGUAUCGUAACACAACAGAUUACAAUUAUUUAAGUGAUAUUUAUAUAUUAUGAUUCACAUAAUAAUAUGUAACAUGACACGAUGCGUGUAUCCAUAAUCCAAUGGAAUUAAAAUGAUUUAAAAGCUCGCAUUAGCGGGUAGCAUGCGACUGAAUGAGAACACAGCGGGCGGUCGAGGGCGGCUUGGGCGCGCAGCUCGGCGACGCGUCACACGACUCACCGCACUUGAGUAAACUGUAUGUACCAAUGUUACUAAUUCUGCAGAUUAGGCAAAAGUCUGAAAUUUAAAGAG